AGUGCUGCAAAGCUUAGAGCAGUGCAUCUCAGCACCACCUGCACAUCUACCAGGACAGAUGGCUCCACAGACUGGCUCCGCUGGAAAGGAGACGCGACCCGUUUCAGCCUUUCUGCAGCUUUUCACUUGGGAAGAGAUCAGAAUCCACAAUGGCCGUGGGCAAGGGCAGGAGCAAUGGCUGGUGAUUGAUAGGAAAGUGUAUGAUGUUGGCAGGUUUUCCAAACGACACCCUGGAGGCAGCCGAGUUCUAAGCCACUAUGCUGGGCAAGAUGCUACGGAUGCCUUUAUAGCAUUUCACAAUGAUAAGUCCCUGGUGGAAAGAUACUUGAAAUCACUGCUGAUUGGGGAGCUGGCACCAGAUCAACCCAGCUUUGAGUCUAAUAAAAAAAAAGCACUUUUAGAGGAUUUUCGUGAGCUGCGCUGCUCAGUUGAGAAGAUGGGACUUCUGAGGCCAAAUUACAGCUUUUUCUUCCUGAUUUUCCUUCACCUCCUGGUACUGGACGUUGCAUCCUGGCUCGUGGUCUGGCACUUUGGAAUAUCCUUUGUGCCUUUCGUGCUUGGCAUGGUAUUCUUUACUGUUGCUCAGAUCCAGAUGGGCUGGUUCCAACAUGAUCUGGGGCACUGCUCUGUCCUCAGGAAGCCUAAAUGGAAUCGACUUCUGCAUAUUGUUGUGAUGAAUAUUCUGAAGGGGUUACCAGCCAGCUGGUGGACUCACCUACACAACCAGCACCAUGCCAAACCCAACUGCUUCCGCAAAGACCCUGACCUCAACAUGCACCCUCUCCUCUUCAGCUUGGGAAAGACGCUCUCCGUGGAGCUUGGAAAAAAGAAGAAGAAGUUCAUGCCUUACAAUUAUCAGCAUAAGUAUUUCAUCUUAUUGGCCCCACUUGCACUUGUACCCUUCUUCCAGCUGUCUAUAUUCUACUUUGCAAUCAAGAGGAAAAAGUGGUUGGACCUCUUCUUGAUUGUGUCUUUCAACAUCCGAGUCUGCCUUAUGUAUAUUCCUUUAAUGGGAUUUAACAACUUCAUGGUCUACUACUGGCUGUCCAGGUACCUGGAGAGUACCUGGUUUAUUUGGGUGUCCCAGAUGAAUCACAUUCCCAUGCACAUUGAUUAUGAUAAGAACAAAGACUGGGUAUCUACUCAGCUCCAUGCAACAUGCAACGUGAACCAAUCUUUGUUCAAUGACUGGUUCACUGGGCACCUGAACUUCCAAAUUGAACACCACCUUUUCCCCACAAUGCCUCGACACAACUACUGCAAAGUAGCUCCGCUGGUGAGAGCCCUUUGUGAUAAGCAUGGCAUUGAGUAUAAAAGCAAGAGUUUACUGACAGCAUUUUCGGAUAUUUUGCAUUCACUGAAGGAUUCUGGGGAGCACUGGCUUGAAGCUUAUCUGCAUGGAUAGAAACUGGCAACUCUCAAAGGGAACCUCUUCACCAGGCAACUGCUGCAAAGAGUCUGCACAGACCAGCAGUGUUUGUGUGUGUGUUCUGGCAUAGAAACUUGGGAGCUGGGCAAAGCUAAUUUCAGUAAGAAUGGGUGGGAAAGUGGCUUCAGGAGACAUUUUUUUCUUGUUCUCAACCAUGGACCUCUCUUUUUCCUGCUCUCAAUCUCAGACC